AUGUUUAGUUCGUUGAGACUACGUGGGAUAAGAUUUCCAAAUACUAGUUUCGUUCGAUUUAAGAGUAAAUCAAGUAGUAAAAGAUAUUCGGAGACGCUCAAUCUCCCAAAAAGUGAUCUUGUCGCAACCUCUAAAAGUGGGAAGGCAAUACAGCGAGAGCAACAAAUCCAAGAGGUUUGUGGAUUUAGUAAACUCUAUGAAUGGCAACGAUCCCAGGAAAGGGAGAAGGAAUUUGUUUUACAUGAUGGUCCUCCUUAUGCAAAUGGAAAACCACAUGUUGGACAUGCUUUGAAUAAAAUUCUGAAGGACAUCACUAACAGAUACAAGCUGCUGAAAGGGUAUAAAAUACAUUAUAUACCUGGCUGGGAUUGUCAUGGACUACCUAUAGAACUUAAGGCAAUAAAAACCAAAGAUGGCACUCCGCAGAAAAUGACUCCAUUGGAAAUUCGAAGAAAAGCCAAAAAAUUUGCUGAAGAAUCUAUACAAGUGCAGAGUAAAGCGUUCCAGAGUUGGGGUGUCAUGGCUGACUGGAAAAACUCCUGCUACCACACUGUUGACCGUGAAUUUCAGGCCAGAGAAUUGGACCUGUUUUACACAUUGUAUCAGAAGGGCUUAGUCUAUGAGGAUUUCAUGCCAGUUUAUUGGUCACCAUCUUCUAGAACAGCUUUAGCUGAGGCAGAACUUGAGUAUAAUCCACACCAUGUCAGCCAGGCAGUAUACCUGGGGUUCCCAGUCGUCCCGUCAUCUCUGACAUCUCUCAACAUAAACCAAUUGACGUAUAAGAAAGUUUAUGCUGUGAUAUGGACAACAACACCGUGGACGCUUCCUGUCAAUCAGGCAAUAUGUUACAAUGACAAUCUAAUGUAUUGUCUACUGCAGGACCAUAGCACUGGAGAUGUGUAUGUCUGUGAGAAAAUCUUUGUGGAGAAAUUGGUGAAUCUGUUGUGUAAACCUCUAACUGUGAUUAAUGAGGUUAAAGGGAAGUUUUUUAAUGGAGCUCAGUAUACCCAUCCCUUGACCAACGAGGUGCUUCCUUUCCUGCCAGCCAAUCAUGUGGUAUCAGGAAAAGGGACUGGAUUUGUUCACACCGCACCUUGUCAUGGCCAUGAUGACUUCAAAGUUGCCUUUAACAACAAUAUCACCAUAAAAAGUAUUGUGGACGAUGAGGGCGUGUACACUGAAGAGGCUGGCCAAAUUCUAAAAGGGAAAACAGUGGGCAAAGACGCUGACAGUACAGUGAUUGAGAUGCUAAAGGAGAGUGUUAUCCAUAAAUCCUCCUACCAGCACAGCUACCCAUAUGAUUGGCGGACCAAACAACCUGUCAUCAUUAGGGCCAGCAAACAGUGGUUCAUCAACACCAACAAAAUCAAGGACAAAGCUGUGGAAAGUUUGAGUUCAGUAGAUAUUACACCCAAUGCUUCUGAACAUGGCAUGUUGGCACAGCUGAAGGAACGUACCUAUUGGUGUAUCUCUCGUCAGAGGGCAUGGGGACUACCUAUACCUGUGUUCUAUCACAAAGUCACUGGCAAAGCCCUCAUCAACAGCCAAACUAUUGAUCACCUAAAGAAACUCUUUACCGAACAUGGCAGCGACUGUUGGUGGUCCAUGUCUGAGGAAGAACUUCUACCCAAGGACAUGCUUGUCCAGAUGGGGGCUAGCUCGUCAGAUUUUACCAAGGGAGGAGAUAUUCUGGACAUCUGGUUUGACAGUGGAUCAUCAUGGUCUGUACUACACAAAGAUGGGAUAGAGAGAGCUGACCUUUACCUGGAGGGGUUGGAUCAAUUUGGAGGUUGGUUCCAGUCCUCUCUCCUAACCAGUAUUGCCACAAAUGACAUCCCUCCAUACAGGCAGCUUGUUGUACAUGGGUUUGCUGUAGAUGAAGAUGGAAAGAAAAUGUCAAAGUCUGUUGGGAAUGUGGUAGAUCCUGAGGCAGUGAUAUAUGGUGGUAAAAACCAGGAAAAGGAGCCAUCCUAUGGUGUGGAUGUAUUGAGAUGGUGGACUGCUCAGGCUCAACUACAACCUAUGGUCCUGAUUGGUCCGUCCAUACUACAAAGAUGUAAUGAAGAUAUCUUCAAGAUUAGGAAGGUGAUGAAGUUUGUGCUGGGGAAUAUACACGAUUUCCAAUCUGAUGAAUUGAUGCCUUAUGAUCAGCUCUGGCCACAGGACAAAUACAUGUUGUACCAGCUGUACAAUUUAGCUGAACAGGUGACACAAUCCUAUGACAGUUAUCGUUAUGGAAGAGUACUAGGACUGUUGGAAAAAUUCACUAAUAUAGAUCUGUCUGCGUUUUACUGCAGUAUCAUCAAAGACAGACUGUAUUGUACAGCUGCUGAUGACAAAGCCAGAAGGUCUGCCCAGACGGUGUUGUAUCAUGUGACAGACAUAUUUGUGAAGUCUUUAGCACCAAUUGUUCCUCACCUGGCAGAAGAGUUACAUCAACAUUUCUCAAAAUCAGAGGAGAGCAGUGUGUUCAAGUCUAACUGGUUUGCCUUAGACACUGCCUGGGCAGACUGUGCCAUUCUGAACUUCAUGCAGCCUGUUCUGAGUAUGAAGGAAGACAUUGAUUUUGCUGCUGACGUCAAACGACCUGUGGAGUUUGACCUCACUUUGUACUGUAGUCACAAUCUUCACAAUAUUCUACAGCAAUUCCAGUCUGAAGUGUCGUCUGCUACUUCACCGUUAACAGAAAUUUUACAGACAUCUUACACACAUCUAACAACAGUAGCUCCCGAUGUCAUCCCCGAUGAGUGUGUUGUCCUGAAUGGUGCCUCUAAAAUCUCUGUUAUUGAGGGAGUUAAGGAGCCAGAAGAGUAUGUACUGCUGUUAUCACCUGCCAUGAAAGAUAUCUGUGAACGUUGUCGCCGUUACACUACUGACAACAGAAAAUCUCCGUGUGAUCGAUGCUUGUCAGUUUUAGCUGAUGGGUGGGCUUGAUUUCGGACUUGUCUUGGGACCAGGGUGCUGAUGACAUGAUAUUACAAAUCAUGUAACGUACACCUGGCUGCAAUAUGCCAUCAAAGAUGAGAGGGUGUCUAAUGCCUUCUGAACAGCUGACGCUACUAACUACUGUUGUUGAAAUUGAUUCUACAUUGUAACAGCAUUUUUUGUAUGGCUAAACCAUAGAAUAUUUAUUGUACAACAGCUCAUGAGAUAGGUGAUGUUUACUUAAUUACCUAUUAUUAAUUGUCAACUUUCAAUGAAAAUCAUGUUAAAGCAGAAAGGGAUUUAUCAUAAUGAGAUGACUGGUUUACUGGGUCUGUGUGGAUUAUUGAUGUAGAAUUGAAAAUUAAUGGUUAAACUGUGUCUAAGCUGGUAUUGAUCUGUGAAGGAAAUAGAGAUAAACAAACUUAUCAAACUUAUUUUACUUAUCACAAAGGCAUUAGCUUUAUUUUGGUGCUUAUCACUAAGACAAGUAUAGGGACGGACCAAUCAUACUUAUCACUAAGACAAGUAUAGGGACGGACCAAUCAUACUUGUAGGGACAGACCUAUCAUACUUAUCACUAAGACAAGUACAGGGACGGACCUAUCAUACUUGUAGGGACAGACCUAUCAUACUUAUCACUAAGACAAGUAAAGGGACAGACCUAUCAUACUUAUCACUAAGACAAGUACAGGGACGGACCUAUCAUACUUGUAGGGACAGACCUAUCAUACUUAUCACUAAGACAAGUAAAGGGACAGACCUAUCAUACUUAUCACUAAGACAAGUAUAGGGACGGACCUAUCAUACUUAUCACUAAGACAAGUAUAGGGACGGACCUAUCAUACUUAUCACUAAGACAAGUAUAGGGACGGACCUAUCAUACUUAUCACUAAGACAAGUAUAGGGACGGACCAAUCAUACUUAUCACUAAGACAAGUAUAGGGACGGACCAAUCAUACUUAUCACUAAGACAAGUAUAGGGACGGACCUAUCAUACUUAUCACUAAGACAAGUAUAGGGACGGACCUAUCAUACUUAUCACUAAGACAAGUAUAGGGAUGGACCUAUCAUACUUGUAGGGACAGACCUAUCAUACUUAUCACUAAGACAAGUAUAGUGACGGACCUAUCAUACUUAUCACUAAGACAAGUAUAGGGACGGACCUAUCAUACUUAUCACUAAGACAAGUAUAGGGACGGACCUAUCAUACUUAUCACUAAGACAAGUAUAGGGAUGGACCUAUCAUACUUGUAGGGACAGACCUAUCAUACUUAUCACUAAGACAAGUAUAGUGACGGACCUAUCAUACUUAUCACUUAGACAAGUAUAGGGACGGACCUAUCAUACUUAUCACUAAGACAAGUAUAGGGACGGACCUAUCAUACUUAUCACUAAGACAAGUAUAGGG